AUGUGCAUCAUCUAAUACGAUUUCCUGAGAACAUUUGAAUAUAUAGGCAAGGAUGAGCAAUAUUUAAAAGUAACAACUUCAUAAUAGCUAGUACUCCAAGAAGAAUUGGUGCACCACAUAUACAUGACAAUAACUGGAUGCACAAGAUAAGCAAGAGUCAGAGCUGCACAAAAUUAGGAUCUAUAUGAACAUUAUAUGGAUGAAGGAGAUGAGAAAUAGUAGAUUGAAACAAAACUGAUAAUUGGCGCUACAUCUUAUAAUAUUUUCAAUUCAAAUGCUCCAUUAACUUAAAAUACAGAUUAGCAAAAAGAAUAAUUAACCGAUACGGUGUCAACACAUCUCCUAAACGAAUUUGAUCAAUUUGUUCUAUACUGGUUCAUGAGCUCGUAGUAUUUGGUCUUUUACAAUAAGUAUUAUAUUUUUUACCAACAAGGAGUGAAGGAAGGAGUUCUGGUUCAAAAAUUAACAUCGAAAAGCAAGCUCCCAGAGUUAAUCUAGUAGUUUAUCAAAAAUUGUAAUCCAGUUUUUAAGAAUGGUAUUAAUAAUAAGGCAGAAGUUGGGUAAUAUCCAGAAUAGCAUAGGCAGAAAUGA